UCAAGCUUCACUUCACAGAAGGAAAAAAUGUCUUGUUCCGGAGAACCUUUUCCUAUAUCGCUGGAAUAUUCCACCGGCAUCGAUCACUCUUACAUGCAACAAGUUCCGAUUAGUUAUCCCGGUCCACGUCUCCCACUUUUAAACCUCUUAAUGGUGAAAAGGAGAAUGAAUCCCCUACAGCCCUUCUUAGCUCUAUCGCUCAGCACCAACACUUUGAUCUCCAACGAUCAAAUGCAGCUCGUGUCCUCCGAAAUCGCCUCCGCCAUCCACCAAAUUAUCGUUAACGGCGCUGCCCUCCUCUCUUGCGCCAAAAAUACCCAUCCCCCAAACCCGAAGCCGACUCCAGAACCGAAAUCCGAUUCUGACAGUUACAAAGGAGGAGAGUCCGAGAUAAUUGAGUUAGACGCGGUGGAGUUACUGUCGGGACAUUUACAUUUCUGCGAAAUUUUCCGGAAAGGGUUCAAACGUGACGCCAAUUUACGGAUGCAUAUGAGGGCUCACGGGGAUCAGUAUAAAACUCGGUUUUCGUGUCCGUACGGUGGGUGUAAUAGGAACAAGAUGCACGAAAAGUUUAGGCCGUUGAAAUCGGUUAUUUGUGUGAGGAACCAUUUCAAGAGAAGCCAUUGCCCGAAAACGUACGAAUGCAAAAAUUGUCAUAAAAAGAGGUUUUCGGUUUUGUCUGAUUUGAGAAGUCGUUUGAAGCAUUGUGUGGGCGGCGGGGAAGAGAGUAAGAAGUGGAAGUGUAGUUGUGGCAACAGUUUUUGCAGGAAAGAUAAGCUUUUUAGACACUUAUCUUUGUUCGAAGGCCAUAUGCCAGCUGUGGCGGUGGAGGAAGGCGACCGGAAGUUGCAAGGAUCGGCGGCAAUGGAGGAAAAGAAAGAUGAAGGGUGUUUGGGAGAUGGGUUGUUUGACGGGUUGCUUGAUGGAUUUGGGUCUUUAGAGAAUUACUGUUUGCAAGAUCUGUUGGGACCAUCUUAAAAUUGUUUGCAAUAAGACUAUUAGUA